UUGCCUCAGUGGGCGUUACUAGAAAUUUAUAACGAAAAGCAACGGGUUCCUGAAUGGAGCGUCGACCAACUCUGUUCGAAACUGCAAAUAAUGGUGAAAAUCAGAGAACAAAUAAAAUGGUCUAAUCCCGCUGAACGAUCGAAACCUGCGCCCCAAUUACUCAGUCAAAUCAACAAACCAGAAGCAACGUCAGCGUUCGUAGUAGGUCAGCAAAAAUUCAAUCAAAAUCGUCAGGCUGACAGCAACAACAGAAAGAAGAAUGAACCCAAUGCCUGCCCCUUCUGCAACGGUCGGCACUGGGCGAAUCAAUGCGAACGGUUCAAAAGUACGGAAAGUCGUACUAAUCGCGCAAAGCAACUCCAGCUUUGCGUGCGAUGUCUAAAGAGAGGCCAUUUCUCAAAAGAUUGUACAAACAAACGACCGUGUUAUUACUGUCGCAGUUCUGGCCAUCACCAAGCGUUGUGCAACAAUGCACAGCCGCAUCAACUCGUCGCAACAACGUUCACUCAGCAACAAUUAACUAUCGAACCAGCAGCUUACAAUGACAGCUGCCUUCGAUGCAAUUAA